AAGCUUUGUUUAGAUCCUACCAUUUCUCGAUUCUUAGCUCACACACACUCAAAAGUCUUAUUAAGAGUUGAAAUGGGUUUACUACUGUUUCGAAAAAUGCUUUCUCAGUUCUUCGGGCGCUUCCGAUUUUAAUUUUGGGUUCCCGAGCAGAAAUCGAGCUUCCUAGGCUGAAAUUUAUAGGGUCGGAAAACCCCAAGUUUGAAGUGAAAGCGCCUGUUUGAUUGAGCAUAUGCCAGAGCUGAAAGAGGCAGAUAUCAGUGUAAUGGGAGAUAUUGAGAAAGAUACUGAAAGUCUUCUCAAAUCAAUCACAACUGUCAAACGUCUUACAUUGCGUGUAAGAGAGACUGUUGUGUAUCCCGAUUGUAUUUUCUUCAGCCAGCUUGAGAAUUUGAAGGUAUAUAUAUGCAGCAAAAAUUGGUCAAAGUUACUUGUCCACUUGCUCAAAGGUUCUCCUCACCUGCGAAUCCUCGAUCUCGAGGCCGAUAAAAAUUAUAAGCAGGUUAGCUGGAGCAAAAAUCAGAGCUCCGUUCCUAAAUAUUUCUUGAAUAGUCUUGAAACUUUCAAGUUUAAAGGGUACAACAGUAAGGACGAAGAAGACAGAGAUUUCAUGAGUCUUAUCUUCAAACAUGCUCGUUGCUUGAAAUCUACAUCAAUCUUGCACGGAUGAUGUUAUGUUCCACAAUUGAAACUUGAAUAUGAUCUAAGAGUCGUCGUAUUAUUAUAUGCUUAUCAGGAGUAAGUGUUUUAACUAGAUGUGGAAUUUCUUUUCGAACAAAACGUGUGCCUUCUUGUCACGUUGUAGUUCUAUCGUCUGAUGUUAACAUAUACAUUCUUGUAUGUGUGUGCCUUGUGACUCAAGUCUAGCUCUUUUCAAAGAAGAGAACCAAUUCAGGUUGUGGAACAUUCGUCUCCUUAUGCUCAAGUACUCUCGUCAACUAUAAGUUUGGAAGCUCAAAGGGUUUAACUUCACAUAGUCCUAUAUGCUUCUUUAAGAAGUUAACAUUAAAUCGAAAAUUUGAUA